AUGCGUACCCAAUUCCUUCUCAGUGCAGCACUUGCUGCCCUCACCACUGCCUCUCCCGUGCUCAAAAACAGAGAUGUCACCACCGUAACCAUCUCAGGCACAACAGCAACUUCCUACCCCCAACCCGCCACCGAGAUCCAAGGUUUUCCCAUCCACUCCUCCUGCAACGGCACCGAGAGAAACCAAUUGGAAAAAGCGCUGGAAGAUACCAUAAAGCUUGCCCGUCAAGCCGCCAACCAUGUUCUUUCUCAUGGCAGUACUUCUGAACUGUAUGCCAAGUACUUUGGCAACGCAAGUACUGCUGAAGUCGUUGGCUGGUAUGAGAAACUUAUCUAUGGGGAUCAUGAAGGCGUGUUGUUUCGUUGUGAUGAUAUUGAUGGGAAUUGUCAUCAAGAAGGUUGGGGCGGCCACUGGCGCGGUUCAAACGCUACAGACGAGACAGUUAUCUGCCCUUUAUCCUACACCACACGCCAACCACUCGAAGCCCUUUGUGCAGAACACUAUGCAGAUUCUUAUCCUGAGUGUCUCGAACUGGCGGAGGAAGACCCUGCACAGGCUGUGAGGAAUACGCAUACUUUGCAGUACUUUGCAUUGGAUGUUUAUGCCAUGGAGGUUGCGUUGCCUGGGGAGGGGUGUACGGGAAAGAUUGCUGAGGUUGCUUCUGCUUCUGCUUCGUCUUCUGCUGCUCCUGCCGCUUCUUCUGCUUCAUCUUCUGCCGUUUCCUCUGCCGCCGCUACUUCUGCUGCCAGCACCACAGCUUCUCAAGCCGCAACCAAGACUUCCGGUGCUACUGCUGAAUGUCAUACCCACGCUGACGGCGAGGUUCACUGCGCUGAUACUGGCUCUGCAACCAAGACCACUAGCGCUGGCACUUUCACUGUGCCUGAGUCUACAGAGAAGCUAUGA